AUGUCGUGCAUCAUGAUCGGUGUCUUGAUGGUACUCGCGUCGAUCGCACGCAGUUGCGCCGGUUGCCCGUUCUGCGCCAGGCAGCAAUUGCAGCAGUUGCAGCAGCGUACACAGCCACAACAGCAGCAGCAACAAUUUUAUCGGACGAUCGGCAGCCCGAGACCAUUCGGCGCCGACAGACCGACCCGCGUCCAGGAGUUCAACCGUACCGGCGUGCUGCACCCCGAAUAUCAAAUACCAGCGACUAUCAGGCCUGGUAACGUGUCUCAGUUCUAUUACCUGAGCCCGCGAGAAGGCCCGCCUCUCACGUUACUCGUUAGCCCAUGCAGCGGUCCGAUAUCCUGGACGGUCAGUUAUGUAGAACCGCCCGAGAAUAAUCAAGAAGCAGAAGCGCAAACGCGAUGGCCUGUGAAGACUCUGAAACCGGGAUCUCCUCUCUUUAUGUAUGAGGGCGCGGAGGACCAAAAUUUUACGAUACCAAAGACGCGGGCCGGUCUUUACUGGUUCGAAAUCAAAUCUAUGGAGCCCGCGAAUGUCUCACCUGGCACGGUGCUCUUGUAUGCAACUUCCAGCGCCUUGGAUCACAUAUCGGGCAUGUAUGCGAAUGGAAAAGAGAAUCGACAUCGCACACUGAGAUUUCAACAGCGACGAAGUAAACGACGGCUGACAAUAUCCUGGGGCAAGAGCCAUGUGGAUCCUCAUCUUUCGAACUACUGUUUAGUUGUCACUUCGGGCACGCAGUCGCACCCAUCGACCCUCUGUGCUGCGCAGAACGUUCUGAAAGCUCAUCCGAACUCAUCGGCGAAAACCGGCUCGUCCUCAAAGGAGCACCAUCAUCGGGGCGUUCCGGAAGGUCUGCACUGCGUACGGCAGACCAAACUGACGCUUCACAGGAUGAGAUACGACACUACGUACAACUUUACCCUAUAUGUGGUAAACACUCGGAACAACGUCUCCAAUCGGGUUGCUAUCGACGCUAUCAAAUUCAAAAAGAUACCGGAGCUGACUUUGCGAACUGGUCGUUACACCACGGCUAAUCUGCGGAAGACCGAUGGUUUCGUCAAUUUCCGUUAUCGUCCGCCGGACAAUACUUCAAGUACCUUUCACAUACUUCCCUGCGGUGGAGGCAUCGUGAAGGCGAAAUUAAACGGACAAGGAAUACUGCGGGAAAAAGAGGUGGUCGGAUAUGCCUCAUUACGUGUACCUCCUUUACCUCCCGGUAAGAUGUAUACUCUGCGUAUAUCGACCACACCGCAGGAGCUGGUUCGAGUAUCCACCAUAAAAGUGCUGGCUACGCAGGAGUCGUCCACCAUUUAUCCGCAAAUACCAUCCAAAAAUCCACCGCGAGAGUACCGAUCUCUCAGAACAUGUCACGAAGUGACGAUAGGCGUGGACCCAGCCGGCGACGCAAAGUACUGCAUCCUAGUGAAGGAACUGCGGAGUUCGUCGUCCUUAGCGAGUGUUACGACCGUGCCGGAUCAGUGCGGACUUCACCGGCGCAGACGAUCCGAGUACACAUUCGAGGUUUGCGAAGAGAAACAAAACCCAUCGAAGGACCGGGCGCUGCCGUUCACUCUGAAGAGGCUACAACCUGGCAAAGCUUACCUCUUGCAGGUCACAGCGCAGUUGAAGGGCCAGUCCUUGUCCUAUCCGCUGCUGGGUGUACGCACACGACGUUCUUGCACCACGUAA